AUGUCGCCGGCGCCGUUCUCCUUCCCUCAAACUCCACCACCUUGGUCUCCGCUUCUCUCGCUCCCCACCCCGACCCUGAAGCCGUCGUCCUCCAUCUGCGCAGGUAAUGGCGUUACAGAGCUCCCCUGUCAAUUUCUCGCCACCGGCGGCCAUUUCCAACGCGUUCUCUGUUGCAGGAGAGUGGAGGAGGCUUCCCUCGUCGCCGGUGGAGGCUCGCCGUGCCUCACCGGGAACCCCAUUGACGACUGCUGGCGGUGCGACCCCAAUUGGGAGAAGAACCGGCAGCGGCUAGCGGACUGCGGCAUCGGCUUCGGCGCCGGCGCCGGCGGCGGCAGGGGCGGCGAGUUCUACGUGGUGACUGAUUCCUCCGAUGGCAACCCGGCCGAUCCCAAGCCGGGUACUCUCCGCCACGCCGUCAUCCAAGAGGAGCCUCUGUGGAUCGUCUUCUCCAGCAGCAUGAAGAUCACCCUGAAGCAGGAGCUGAUCAUGAACAGCUUCAAGACCAUCGACGGCCGUGGGGCCAACGUGCACAUCACCGGCGGCGGCUGCAUCACCAUCCAGUUCGUCACCAAUAUAAUCAUCCACAAUAUUCAUAUCCACCACUGCGUGCCCUCCGGCGAGGCUAUGGUGAGGUCCUCGCCGACGAAGGCGGGGUGGCGGGGCAGGUCCGACGGCGACGGCAUCUCCAUCUACGGCUCGCGGAAGAUCUGGGUCGACCACUGCUCGCUGUCCCACUGCACCGACGGGCUCAUCGACGCCAUCAUGGGCUCGACGGGGAUCACCAUCUCCAACAACUACUUCUCCCACCACGACGAGGUGAUGCUGCUCGGCCACAGCGACGACUACUCACCGGACGCCGCCAUGCAGGUGACCAUCGCCUUCAACCACUUCGGGGAGGCGCUGGUGCAGCGCAUGCCGCGCUGCCGGCUCGGCUACGUCCACGUCGUGAACAACGACUUCACGCGCUGGGAGAUGUACGCCAUCGGGGGCAGCGCCAACCCCACCAUCAUCAGCCAGGGGAACCGCUACACCGCCCCCGCCGACCCCAACGCCAAGGAGGUGAAGCGCCUGCUGCCGAUUAUAUGGGUUCCUUUCUUUCUUUCUUUCUUUCUCGCCGGAGGCGGCGGCGGCUGGUAACGGUGGCGCUGCGCUGAGCAGGUGACGAAGAGGGUGGAGACGGAGGAGAGCGUGUGGGGAGGGUGGAACUGGCGGACGGAGGGGGACGUGAUGGUGAACGGGGCCUUCUUCGUGCCGUCGGGGGAGGGGCUGUGGAUCAAGUAUUCGGAGGAGUCCAGCGUUGAACCCAAGUCCGCCGCCAUGAUCGACCAGCUCACCAUGAACACCGGCGUCCUAAGCGGCGCCGGACCCAGGUAG